UUGACAGAGGCUGUCAGCAUCCUCCAUGUUGCGAUGGCGGAUGAUUCGAUGGAUUUGUUCGAUUUGUCAUUUUUGGAAGAUACCGAUUUCCCUAUGAAAAAGGCCCGCCAUGCUUCGUCAAAUAGUUCAUCUACAGUAAGUCCCACUAAACGGAGACGUUCGGUGCUAUCAAACCUCAACACUUCAAACCUGAACGGUGCAAUACAAGAUGCCGUGCUAAGCAUGUCCAUCUUGGACCAGGUAACAGAGCGCUUGCGCUAUAACCAGCGCCAGGAAGAGGCAACUCAGUUAGGAAUGAGUUUAUUGCUUGAAGAGUCUCAGCAGCAAUGUCAGCAACUAAUAGACAAAAACGAUCCCUCGCAGUUUAAUAAAACCAUCACUAUUCAUGGUUGUGCCGACUUUUUCGGGCUUCCCUCUCUCGUCAAAGAUCUUCUGCAAAAGAGUCGCGGUAUAUCUACGUUGUACGACUGGCAGCGCGAAUGCCUAGCCCUACCAGCUCUUGAAGCCCGAAGAAACCUUAUUUAUUCACUCCCCACAAGCGGUGGAAAAACUCUUGUGGCCGAAAUACUCGCAUUUAAGGAGAUGUUGCUUCGACGAAAAAAUGUGCUCUUCAUACUUCCUUUUGUCUCCAUCGUUCAGGAAAAGGUUCGAGCACUAGCUGAUUUCGGUAUCGAGUUGGGUUUUCUUGUGGAGGAAUAUGCAGGCAAAGCUGGUAAAAUUCCGCCGAUUGACCGAAAGAAACGACCCUCGAUUUUUAUCGCUACAAUCGAAAAAGCGCACUUUCUUGUCAACUCUCUUGUGGAGACCAAGAGAUUAGAUGAACUCGGUAUGGUGAUUGUUGACGAGCUACAUAUGGUAGGAGACGGUAGUACUCGAGGAGCUGGUCUCGAGAUACUUCUUGUUAAGUUGAAAAGUGCAUCACGUGCGCAAAUUGUCGGAAUGAGUGCAACGAUUGGCAACAUCGAGGAGCUCGCAAGCUUUCUGGAUGCUGAAACGUAUAUUGGCAAUUUUCGUCCCGUUGAUCUCGUGGAGUUUAUAAGCAUUGAUCACACCGUUCUUGAGGUUGGGAAACAAUUUGAGUUACGUUUCAACCGGAUGCUGCCAAAAGCUACAACACAGGAGCAGGAAAAAUCUGAUCCGGAUCACGUUACCACCCUGGUUAGUGAAGUGAUACCGUCUUCCUCCGUCCUUGUCUUCUGUCCCACUCGAAAAAACUGUGAAAGCGUAGCCCUCACGCUCGCACGAUUUCUUGAUCCUGAGCUACGAAACCAUAAAGUCAGUAAUAAAGUUGGCUUACUGAAGGCUCUUAAAGGAGACGAGAAGAGGGUUUGCCCCGUUCUCAUGAAGACCAUCCCGUAUGGCGUGGCCUACCACCACAGUGGACUCACCCAUGACGAACGGAAGCUAAUUGAGGAAGCUUAUCUGGAAGGUACAAUCUGCUGCUUGUGCUGUACGUCGACAUUAGCUGCCGGAGUGAAUCUCCCAGCGAAAAGAGUUAUACUCAAGUCUCCAUACGUUGGCGUCGAAUUCCUCUCACCCGCCAAAUAUAAACAAAUGAUUGGAAGAGCUGGUCGUGCUGGUCUCGAUACAUCAGGUGAAAGUAUCCUUAUUUGCAAGGCCUCACUUCGAACAGAUGUAAUGAAGUUGCUUCGGUCGCCCGUCGAAAACUGCCGUUCUAGUUUAACCAUGCGAGGCCUCGAGGCCCUUGCAAUUUCCGCUGUGGGUUUACAAAUGGUCUCAAAAAAAGAACUUCUUUCCGAUUUCUUCAAGGGUACAUUAAUGUGCCAACAAAAUAAAGACAGGACUGCUACAGAGUUGGCUCACGAGGUGUUAAAAAGUCUUGUUAAGCAGAAGCUUCUGAAGUGCGAUGAAAACGGACACUUAAGCGUAAGCAAGCUUGGUAGUGCUAGUUUCAAAGGUGUCAUUGAUCCAUGUGACGUUGCUACGCUUUAUCGGGAUCUUCGCAUGGCGCUUUCGCAUCUCUCCCUUACGACCCACCUCCAUUUGCUCUAUCUUAUCACUCCUAAUGACAUGAUACCGAAAAGGCUUAAAGGAGAACUGUAUUUGGAUCUCUAUCACGAGCUAACGCAAGACGAUCGUGAGGUCGCAGCAACGAUUGGGGUAACUGAGGAGUUAGUGACCAGGCUUCGGCUGAAUAAGACAAUCAAGGGGGAAGAACGAAAUCUGCUGCUCAAAUUUUACGUCACACUUCAACUAAACGAUUUGUGGAAAACGAAAAGUGUAUGGGAAGUGGCUGAAAGAUUUGAGGAGCAUCGGGGCUCCGUUCAAAGUCUUCUCUCACAGGCGACUUCGCACGCUCUUUCAAUCUCACAUUUUUGUGAAGGCCUGGAGGAGUUUUGGGCGUUGCGCGAUUUGCUACCCGCAUUCGUAGAGAGGUUGACUCACUGCUCGUCCAUGGAACUCAUCGAGUUGCUAGAAUUGCCUGCUGUGAAGCGAGGCCGAGCCAGGCAAUUAUAUAAUGCUGGAUUCAAAACACUCUCAGCAGUAGCUAAGGCAGACCCCGGCGAACUCGUUAGAAAGGUUGAUCACCUUUCUCGGAAAAUCGCUACGCAAAUGGUAGCUACUGCCAAGCACCUAUUGCUCAAAAAGGCCGAGGAUCUUCAGGAACAAGCCGAUAUGUUACUGUAUUCUUUUAUCAACGUUUAAAAGACUACAGCAACGAACUUAUUCGAUUAUCGUUGAGCGAAACAUCCCUUCAAAGAAUUGAACGACAGACGCUGCUGCAAAGGCGUGCAACGGUGAUAAACGUGCUUAUCUUGUAGUUUUGUUUUAUAAUCGUGUUUAUGUAUUUGUCUUGUUACGCGAACUAGAGAAGGGCUACGUCACCGUCGAUAACUAGUACAUGAAAAACGCAACAAUGGCGUGCCUGUACGUGGCCGUCGAAAUAUUCCGUUGUAGGAAAUUUUAUAAAGUCGUUGUAAGUGCUUGUUAGUUUUAAUAUCAAGCAACCUUCGCUGAAGGUUGGAAGAACGAUUUAUAUAAUCAUAAUUUCACGCUACUGUUUAUAUAAUUUUAAAAACAAUCAUCUAGUUUUGCUAGCAAAACAUGUCAGUGAAGGUAAAAAAUGUGUUCUAAUAUUGGCAAAAUUACUAUGCUAUUAUAUAUAAAUAUAUGGGGAAAAGUCAACAGUUUGAAAGUGUCGAUUUUACGUUAGCAGCAUUAGUAGUACGAGAGUCUGAUCCAGUGAAAACAAGAAAGUAAAAAAAAUAUAGUCAAGCCUCUCAAGCUGUCAAACAAUUUUUUAAACUGUUGAGAGACUUUUGC